AUGGAGAACCGCGUGCGCAUGGUAGUGGACAGCAAGGCGGCGGGGGUGGACGUGUUGCGGCACUUUCCGCUCCCCCCUCCUUUCCCCUUCCCUUGGUUGAACCUGCGUCCUCUCCCCCCUCUUUGCCCCCAGAUGGCGCGCCGUACAUUCAUGGAGAACCAGAUGGCGCGCCGCACGUUCACAGAGAACCGGGUGCGCAUGAAUGUGGGCAUCAAGGCGGCGGGGAUGGCACGCCGCACGUUCAUGGAGAACAGGGUGCGCAUGAUAGUGGACAGCAAAGCGGCGGGGGUGGACGUGCUGCAGCAGGGCGCGCUGCCGGGGGGCCUGUCUCUGGCGCACAGCACGGUGCGCAUGGUGCGAUCAUGCCACCGCGAGUACAUGUCCAACAUGGGCACGCUCGCCUCGCUUGUGCUCGCGAUCACUGUCAGCACCGGGUGGGGAGGGGGAGAGUGGGGGCCUGUCCCUGGCGCACAGCACGGUGCGCAUGGGAAGCAGGGGCGGCAGCAGCUGCAGGCGCCACCUAAUGACGUCGCCGGGGCUGGGAAGGCGGUUAGGGCCGAGCCUGGACGGCGGCUGUGGGGGCUGGUGGUGUGCCACCAUUGCUUGCCCUGCAUGAUGCCCUACCCCACCCGCUCCGCCUGCGAGUUCCUCGUCCAGGUGACACCCUACCCUUCCCCCCUCGUCCUGGUGACACCCUACCCUUCCCCCCCUCCUCUACCUUGCCAAUCAUUUACUCUUCCUGAUUCCCCUCCUCCCUCCUGCUUGUCUCCUUCCUCUUCUACCUUACCUUCCACUCCUAACCCUUCCACUCAUCCAACUCUUCCACUCCUAACCCUUCCACUCUUAACCCUUCCACUCCUAACCCUUCCACUCCCCCAACUCUUCCACUCCCAACUCUUCCGCUCCCAAGUCUUCCACUCCAACCCUUUCACUCCCAACCUGGCUGGUGGUGUGCCACCACUGCUCGCCCUGCAUGGUGCCCUACCCCACUCCUUCCCUCCCCCCUGCACUGCACAGGUGUUUGCGGUGCAGCUGAGCAAGGAGAUGGACCUGGCGAAUCAGCUCAAGGCGAAGCACGCGCUGAAGAUGCAGACGCUGCUGUGCGACAUGCUCAUGCGCGAGCCGCCCGUUGCCCUCGUCACCAAGACGCCCAACAUCAGCGACCUCGUUCACUGCGAUGGGGCUGCUUUAUUCUCAGAGCCGCCCGUUGCCCUCGUCACCAAGACGCCCAACAUCAGCGACCUCGUUCACUGUGACGGGGCCGCACUGCUGUACAAUGGGCGGUGCUGGAGCCCAGCGGAGUGGCUGCUGACUCACCACAGUGAAUCCACCACGUGUAUUGACCCCCUCCCUUCCUUCCCUCCCCACUUCAUGCCACCACCAGGUGUUGAACAUAGCGGAGUGUCUGCUGACACAUCACAGCGACUCCACGGGAUUCAGCACCGACUCGCUGCUCAACGCCGGCUACCCCCACAUGCAUUCACCAGCCUCCCCUCCUCGCCUCCCCGACUCAUUUGCACAGAGUGGCUGCUGACGCAUCACAGCGACUCCACGGGGUUCAACACCGACUCGCUGCUCAAUGCUGGCUACCCGCACGCGUCUGACCUGGGCGAGGAGGUCUGCGGACUCAUAGCCGUCAAGUUUAGCGAUAAAGACUUCCUCAUGUGGUUCCGCGCGCAUGCAGCCAAGGAGGUGAAGUGGGGAGGCGAGAAGCACGACCCACUAGACGUGGACGACCCCACACGCAUGCACCCGCGCACAUCCUUCAAGGCCUUCCUGGAGACGGUGCACAUGCGCUCGCAGCCCUGGGAGGAUGUCGAGAUGGACGCCGUUCACAGCCUGCAGCUCAUCCUUCGGUCCGCACUGCAGACGGUGCACAUGCGCUCGCAGCCCUGGGUGGACGUUGAGAUGGACGCUGUUCACAGCCUGCAGCUCAUCCUGCUCUCCGCAUUGCAGGAGCACGACGAGGUGAAGAGGAGGCAGUUGAUGCUAGCACGAGUAGCAGAGCUGCGGCUGCAGAGCAUGGACGAGAUCAACCAGGUGGCCAACGAGACCGCGCCCCGUGCUUGUUGCAGUUUGCACUGUGUCCUCACCCCUGGCUGGCCCGCUCCUUUGCCCCCCCCCUGCCCCUUCUUUCCACAGGAACAUGAUGAAGUGAAGCGCCGACAGUUGAUGCUAGCGCGAGUAGCAGAGCUGCGGCUGCAGAGCAUGGACGAGAUCAACCAGGUGGCCAACGAGACCGCGCCCCGUGCUUGUUGCAGUUUGCACUGUGUCCUCACCCCUGGCUGGCCCGCUCCUUUGCCCCCCCCCUGCCCCUUCUUUCCACAGGAACAUGAUGAAGUGAAGCGCCGACAGUUGAUGCUAGCGCGAGUAGCAGAGCUGCGGCUGCAGAGCAUGGACGAGAUCAACCAGGUGGCCAACGAGACCGCGCCCCGUGCUUGUUGCAGUUUGCACUGUGUCCUCACCCCUGGCUGGCCCGCUCCUUUGCCCCCCCCCUGCCCCUUCUUUCCACAGGAACAUGAUGAAGUGAAGCGCCGACAGUUGAUGCUAGCGCGAGUAGCAGAGCUGCGGCUGCAGAGCAUGGACGAGAUCAACCAGGUGGCCAACGAGACCGCGCCCCGUGCUUGUUGCAGUUUGCACUGUGUCCUCACCCCUGGCUGGCCCGCUCCUUUGCCCCCCCCCUGCCCCUUCUUUCCACAGGAACAUGAUGAAGUGAAGCGCCGACAGUUGAUGCUAGCGCGAGUAGCAGAGCUGCGGCUGCAGAGCAUGGACGAGAUCAACCAGGUGGCCAACGAGACCGCGCCCCGUGCUUGUUGCAGUUUGCACUGUGUCCUCACCCCUGGCUGGCCCGCUCCUUUGCCCCCCCCCUGCCCCUUCUUUCCACAGGAACAUGAUGAAGUGAAGCGCCGACAGUUGAUGCUAGCGCGGGUGGCGGGGCUGCGGCUGCAGAGCAUGGACGAGAUCAACCAGGUGGCCAAUGAGACGGAGCAUGACGAGGUGAAACGGCGGCAGCUGAUGCUAGCACGAGUAGCAGAGCUCCGACUGCAGAGCAUGGACGAGAUCAACCAGGUGGCGAAUGAGACGGUGCGCAUCAUUGAGACCGCCACCGUGCCCAUCCUGGGCGUCAACCGCAAUGGCCAGAUCAACGGCUGGAACAUGCAGAUCGCCAAGCUCACCGGAGUACCGGUGGAGGAGGUGAUGGGGCGGUCGUUCCUGCAGUUUGCAGAAGUUGGCGUUCCGGUGGAGGAGGCGAUGGGGCGCUCGUUCCUGCAGGAGCUGGUGGCGGAGGAGAGCAAGGUGGACACUCAGAGACUGCUUGUAUCGGAGCUGGUGGCGGAGGAGAGCAAGGCGGACACUCAGAGACUGCUCGUGUCGUCAUUACAAGGUCGAGAAGAAUCAGAUGUGGAGAUCCGUCUCAAGGUGUGGCGAAGCGGGGUGCCGGCGGGCGUGCUGAUCAUGCUGGUGAACAGCUGUGCCAAUCGGGACAUUCACAACCAGAUCGUGGGCGUGUGCCUCGUGGGGCAAGAUAUCACCACUCAGAAGAUCGUCAUGGAUCGGUACAUCCGGUGUGAGGGGGAUUACCGCACGAUAGUCCACUCGCCCAACCCGCUCAUCCCGCCCAUAUUCGGAAUGGACGAGUACGGCAUCUGCAGCGAGUGGAACACGGGCAUGAGCCGCCUCACGGGGCUGGGGCGCGGGGACGUGCUGGGGAGGCUGCUGCUGGGGGAGGUGUUUGGGCUCGACAUGGCCAUGCUCAUGCUGCGGGACGAGGAUGCCAUGACUGAGCUGGAGAUCGUGGUGAACUGCGCCAUGGAGGGGCACGAGGACACGAGUAACCACCCCUUUUCCUUCUUUGCACGAGACGGGAAGCUGCAGUGGGACAUGGCGAUGCUGAUGCUGAGGGACGAGGAUGCCAUGACUGAGCUGGAGAUUGUGGUGAACUGCGCCAUGGAGGGCCAUGAGGACACCAGUAACCAUCCGUUCUUGUUCUUCGCACGAGACGGGAAGCUGCAGGAAGUGCUACUAACGGUGAGCAAGCGCACGGACGUGGAUGGGCGCAUAACCACUCAGCUCUUGCCUUGCACCCUUCCUUUGCCGUCCUGCUCUUCCCCCACCCCCCACCCCGCACCCCCCUUCCGUACCCAACAGGAGGUGCUGCUAACAGUGAGCAAGCGCACGGACGUGGAUGGGCGCAUAACGGGCGUCUUCUGCUUCCUGCACUCCAUGAACCGCGAGGUGCAGGAGGCCCUUAAAGCCCAGGCCGCCGCCGAGACCGCCGCACAGGCCCGCAUAGCCCAAUCAGACGUUGCCAGAGAAAGCCUUCGAGCGCCCCUGGAUGGGCUAGCCUUCAUCCGCCUGUCUCUGCAGCGCUCUGCUAGCCUCUCGCCCGACCAGGUUCAGCUGCUGGAAACCGCCGCUGCGCUGGAAGAGCAGAUGAGAACGAUUCUGGCCGAUAUGGCGGAUUUGAAUGCGGUGGAAGAGGGUUAUUUAGACGUGCAGCGGGUGGAAUUCUCCCUAGUCUCGGUGCUGAACGCAUCCCUAAGCCAGGCGUCGGGAGCAGCGAUCGCCAAGGGGCAACAACUAGUCUGCUCAGUACCCAGCCCCAUGAGAGUGCGAGUAUUCGGCGAUCCCACACGGCUCCAACAAGUGCUUGCCACGUGUCUUCGCACGGCUGUUGAACACACCCCGCCGACUGGCUGGAUCGAGCUCAAGCUAGAAGCGCCGAUGAGAGGAGCCGCCGAUGUGCCGCCCCCGCAGGGGCACCCGUCGGCUGAACGGUUCAGAUUCACCGUGGCGCAUUCGGGGGAUGGCGUGCCGGGGCCGCUGGUGCAGGUGCUGGUGGGGAGGGGGGGCGUGGCGGCGACAGGGUUGCAGGGUAUGGCGCUGCGGUUGUGUCGGCGGUUGGUGCAUCUUCUGGGGGGGGAACUGGGGUAUGCUUUUGAGAGUGGACGGUGUUGCUUUAGAUUGGAUCUGCAGCUACCCGUGAAGCACAAGGCAGAGGCAACGGCUGGGAGCAGAGCAUGA